AACUGAAGUGAAUGGUGAAAAAAGAAGAACAAAACUAACAGGAAGAACCUUUCAGAAGCAUUAAGAAUAAAAAGCAUCUGCUCAGGAAUAAGGACAUCCAGGAGAGUGGAGUGUGAUAAGCAAGCAGUGUGCAGUACAGUGGACUCUGAUAGCAACUGAGUGAGGAGCGGUUGGGAAAGUGAGGGUGAGAGUGAGUUCCACCAAAACCGGGAGGAAGAAGGGAAUAUCUUGGAAGUGACACCCACGCAGAUGAAAAUUUUACUCCUACAUAAAAGUGGUGGAAUCAACUAAGGGAGAAAUAUUUCAACUAUUUCAACCAAAUAGUGCAAUAAUAACAAGUGAUAAAACGCAUUCCAAGGGAAGGCAUUCCUCAACAAAAGUAAUUGAAUCUCAGCUGAAGAUCAGUGUGGCAAUAGUUAAGGUUUUUCAAACAACUCUCAGUUCAACUGCUGAAAGUUCAAGUGUGUUCAGUGUAAGAGCAGCCUAAGUGUAACUGGAUACAUUUCAAAUCGAUUCCAAACUUUCUAGCCAACUGGUGUAAAAGCAACAAGCACACCACCAUGCACACAAUCCUGCUAUCGCUGUUGGGCUUCCUGGCCGUCGGAAGUGCAUCGCUCAGCCAUCCAGUGUUCGGCACCAAACGGUACAGCCGGGCAAAUUUGCUUCCCUCGAGCGACUACGGAAGUGCCAUUUCGCUGCCAGUUUACUCCCCGAUUCCGCAAUAUUACGACAGUCAACCAGCAGCAUCACAGUACAUGUCGGUCCCUGCGUAUUCGAUGAACCAGGGGGCUGGGGCCGAUUAUUACGACUAUUACAAUAAUUACUACUACAACCCGCCGGUUCAUCGGAGGCACCAAAGGCAGGACCGGCACUAUCUGUCGUUUGGUCUUCCCACCUAUCGAGGGGAAUACAACCCUACUCCAUACUACUACGCACACGCUCCAAGCUACGUCUACUCGGACAGCCGCGAGUCCAGCAAUCCCUUGGACGACCUGCACGAAGAAAUGCUUCAGGAAGACGAGCGAGAACGAGCUCAAGACUUCCUUCCGGUAGGCCAGGAGCAGUGGUAUCAAAGCCCUUCGCGGCACUCGACCGACUCCAACUUCCUCCGGGACCUGAUCAUGUACAACAACCAGAUGGCAUCCCUGCGCGGAAAAUCCCCCGACUCCACCGAAGAAUACGAAGAGUACGAAGACGCCGAACCAGAAUACUACGACGCACCCUACGCAGACAAUCGCAAUACCUAUAAUAGUUUCGUAAACCCGUACCAAAGCAAUACCCGACCCAGUACCUUCACCAAACUCAACAACCUAAGAAACAGUAUGACCAAAAACGCUGUUGAAGACGACGAAGAAGUCCAAGAGCUCAAAUCACUGAUCCAUCAGCAGAAAAACAGCCGACUCCAGGACCAACAGCAGCUGCAGCAACAGCAACAAUUCCUCCAACCCCAAGUUCAAACUCCGAUGCCCUACCAGCAGGACUUCAAACAACAACAGCAGCGAUCCCCACCCAGUAACUUCCAGCAGUACGACGCUCCAUCGACCAGCGAUAGCUGGCAGCAGGACAGUCCCCAGUACAACAACUACGACUACGAACAAGAGUACGACGACAGCUGGAGCCACUGGGAUCGGAAACGAAACGUUCAACCCAAGAAACUGCUACCCCUACUGCUCCCGGCAACGACCCUAGCAACCACAACCCCUAAACCUAGCACCACAACACCCAGCACAACCACCCCCACAACCGCUAAACCCAAGGUAGAAAUCAUCAACGGGCCCAAUGGGCAGAAGGAAGUGGUACUACCGAGGCCAGCUUCCCCGGCCCGUAAUCCGGGGCUACCGACAGCCCAAAAACCGAUGACCACGGUGUUCAAUAUGGUGCAGCAAGCCAAGCCGGGUACGUCUGCUGCUACCGGAAGUCAUCUGAAACAUCCCGGUAGCGUUUACGAUACCAUCAAGAAGAUGAUCGACAUGCAGCAGAAUCUGGAGGCCGCGGAACUGACUCACCAAUUGGACAGCCAGAAGCAUCAGGGCAACCGGGUCCAGAAACGGUUCGUAUCCAGUGCUGAAUCGCUGGUCCAACAACUGGACGGCCUCAAACGAACGGCGUAAAUAUGUAACCAUUAUUAUUGAAUAUUUUCAUUUAUUCUAUACAAAGUUUUCCAAGAGAGAUUAAGAAAUCUAUGUCCAACAAAAAAUAACAACAGCACCACAGAGUUAAAAAUAAAUCCCUUUUUAAUCCGACUUUAUCGGUAAUCACAAAAGAAUGAUAAAAAAAAUUCAAGCGCAAAACACUUCCAGCAACAUUUGUGAACCUUCAGCUGUUUGAUCUUAACUCGCAUCCAACUUUUCUGCUGAAUUUACUCCGCUACUUUGUGACACUCUCUUAGCCAGGAAAAGGCAUACAUUUAUCAAAUUUUCUUAAUAACUUUUCAACAAAUUUUCGAACGAACUAAAACAAAACCAAAAGAAGAAUGAGACAAAGAAAAAGCACAGACACGUUCAAAACGUUGUUGUUUGGCACUAGCAAAUAAAACUCACAGAAAUACAUAAAAAUGGUGAUACUUUUUUAAUCGAUAAUCUAAUUAAUCCUUAAAGGUCAACGCGUCAUUGUCGCGUUUGAUUAAUGUGUGUUUUCCUGCUGAAACGUUAAUGAAAACGAAACGAAUCAAUGACUUGGUCUAGUUUUUUUUGUGAUAGUAGUUUAUCCAGUAUUUUUGUGAUUCACCAAAAAAAUGCAAGAUUUAAAUUCGAAACCACGCUCGACACCUUUUUCCCCAUCCCGAUUCUAGCUAUUGUUAUUAAUCAAUGAUGGGGCGAGGAAAAGGUGGAGAAACUAAUUUAAAAGAGAAAAAACUACACUGAGACACAAAACAAGAGAACACUGAUUGAGACUGAAUUUAUGUAAAUAAUUAUUAAUGGAUAAAGUAGAACAUAUAUAUAUUUAUGAGAAAAAAGAGUGAAUGAUUCCACGAAAAAAAACCGAUUCCAUAGAGUUGAAAUCUAACUUUUGUUUUGAAAAAAAAAAUAUUUAAAUUGAUUUUUUCCCUUUUUGAUUGGAAUUUAUGACUCUGAUUUGAGGAAUAAAAUCUUUAGGAAAAAUUAGACGCUCGUCAUCGUUCAUACCCAAACGAGUUGGCAAAUCUUAAAAUAUUUCGAACGGAUACUGACCGUCUAAUAAAUCCUCCGAAUUGAAAGUUGAAAUCCUUUAAUUUUAAGCUCAAUCCCAUCAGAUCUGUUCAAUUUUGGUUUUAUAAAAAUACCAUCCCAAUUUUCACCCCCAAAAACCCAACCCAAAACACAUGCAAAUAAAUAUCCAUUCAAAGGGCGACCAGAUGGUGGAAAAGACCCUUCCAAUGGCAGCUAGCGCCCACAAAAACAAAACAAAAAAUAAAACGCAAAACCAGAGAGCAUGCGGAUUGUCGGACCGACCCAUCGAGCCGGGUUGCCAGAUCCGUAUCAGAUAUUUAGUACAGAAAACGACGACUCGCGCACGCACACAGGCUCGAUGGCGUUUGAUGAUGGCAAACGAUAGACUUAUCACAUUCACAAUAAAAAAAUUGCAUUCUGGCAGUUCCGGUACAAUACAUUAUUAACCUAUAACUAACUGUAAAUAAACAGCAAAAAAGCAUAGCGAAAAAGGAAAUUUCACCGAAGAGAUUAACAAAAAUGAACAUCUUAAAGAAGGGAAAGUUUAACUACAUAAACAAUAGCGGAAAGUUUCCAUUUGGUGUGAAAAGUGUGAAGAGAGAAUAGGUGAUGAGAGCGGAAACAACGCGAGAGAACGACUAGGAAGGCAGUGUUGCCAGUCUCACAGACUGGUCAAGAAGGUCAAGUAUGUAAAUCGAGAGGUAUUGACUCAACAAACAAACGUAAAAAAAAUUUGUACAUAGUGAGCAUUUUACACACAAAAAAAACUCAGAUAGAAUCAGCAAAUUAUAUUGAUAGGCUUUAUGAAAAAACAAAACCCAUUUUCUACGAAAUGUUUUUCUAUCGAGCUUCACUGGUCAAUGUUUUUAUUUCUAUUUGAGGAAGGCUUUAUUUUGCCACUUCAAUUUGGUCUUUGUUUUUGUUUAUGAAAUUUUCUUCAGGCAGUUUGAAAACUUUGAUCAAUUUACAUGAUUAACCUAUAUGUUCAUUUAUUUACAUUUUUGAAGGCUCAGUAAUUGACUCAUUCUACCAUUAAAUUAAAAAAAAAUGACAUCGAAAACCCAGUUCUUCAUCAAAUUUUUUUUUUAAUUUAGAAAAGGUUUUAUUAAGGCAUUUUACUUAUAAAGUUUUUAUGUGCCGGGAGUAUCUUCAUCAAAAUGAAUCACAACUUUUAUCGGCAGAUCAUUUUUUUUUAUCUAGCAACCGUUUUUAUUUACCAAACAAAGUGUGAAAACUCUUUAACAUUUGCAAAUAGUCUGCGCAGUAGGCGGGAAUCGACGGACGAAAAAAAAUUUCUUAGGAAUUUUUAAUCAGCCAAAAAGGAACUUUAAAGGUUCCUAUCCAUUGUAAACGGAUUUUUAUAUAUCUUGAGAAACCCAAUUUGAAAAAUCUCGUUCUUAGUCAAAUUUCGGUUGGGAAUUUCCCAGAAAUGAGUUGUCAUAGAGUGGGAAAACCAAAACGUGGUUCCUUUCAAAAACUUUGGAAAGCCCCAAACCGAUUGGAUGAUUAAGUAGUGGAACUAACACCAGCAUUAAGAGCCCCAAAAUUCCCACCGGGUCAAUUCCGACCAUGGAUUAAUGUGGAAAGGGGGAGGGGGUCUCUAAUAUACUUGUCCUCCACCUCCGAACGGAUCGGGUUCAGGUUUGAAUGCUUCUGUUUGCCCAAGAAAUUUGCUCCAGGAGGGUUUCCACACACAAACCGCCAUGCUGAGAAACGGCCUCGCGUGCCUGGCCGCAUGACCUAGAGCAGCAGCAGCAGCAGCAGCAUCGAAGAACGCAAGGACAACCGACACAAUUGUCCGGGAGCAAUUAUUUCCGCUCACGCAAUCCCCCGGGUCCGUCUUUCCGAUGACGAAUCAUCCACCAUCAUCGCAGUUUCGUCUUAAUCGAGACAAAUAGGACCUGGACUGAGGUCCCGGAACCAAUCUUACUUAAGAAGUCACCGAGGGGGGAAGACGGACAAAAAAGUCAACAACGGUUGAUAGCUCCCGAAAAAGGAGGAGGGGGGAAAAUCGCGUUUAAUUAUUCCCAAAUUCGGCUUAUUAGGCGGAUUUGAAGCGGCGAAAGCCGAUUUUGUCCGGAAAAACGAGGGGGGGGGGCAGAGAAGAGUACAAGUUUGGGGAAACAGGCCGCUGCCGCCGGGGACAGAAGACUUUUCGUUGGGAAGGACGCCAUUGACGUCAUCAGAGCAGAACAGCAGCAGCAGAACCGAGCGAUAAAGAUAUGAAUGUUUGAUGGCUGUUUUGGAGCGCUUUUUAUUCUACACUCCAUGCGCUCUCCAUGGAUACCGACAAACAGGCAGACGGACGACAGUUGGCUUUCUUGCGCUCUCUUUUUCUCCCGUUUUUUGUUUCUCGGGAAAAUUCUUUCGAGCGACAUCAUAUUGCACACGUGUGUUGUGGCCAAGCUGUUGCUUCGAGGGGUGUCACGAUGUAACCGAAAGGAAUGGAAAAAUGAAAACAACAGUAGGACGGUUUAAUCAAAUCCGGUUAUCCGAAUUGAAUCGUUAGCCACGUGGUCGUAAAAUUGUGUUGGCACAUGUGCACCAUGUGUAGUUAAUUUUCGCUUUCGCAAUUUAUUAGAACUUUACAAAUGUUUGUCAAUUUGAAGUUCCAUUAGAGAAACUCUCACGACACUUUUUAAUUCAAAUAAAUUCUCAAUUUAGCUUUAAAAAAUAUUUUCAGAAAAAUACCUCUUAAAAAAUCAAAAUUUUACAAAUGUAUAAAACUUCAUUUAGAAACAUAAGCGAAAACUGCCACCACUGAAGAUCAGAUUUUUUAAUAGAAAUGGUUAUUUUGUAAUUUUUUUUAACGAAUCCACACAUAGAAGCUCUCAAUGAAACUCCAUGAUUCUUUGAAGAAAUCUAAGUCGACUUAACACUAAAGCGUACAUCUUUCAAGGCGACAAUAUUUGCGCUUCUCUCAUUGGCAGAGAUGCCAUUUUCAUUUUUAUUUCUCCAGUUCCCUAAUUUUUGAAAAAAUAUGUUGGCAACCCUGCUCAUUUGACAAUUAUUUCAAAAUACCAUCAGAUUUUCAAGCAAUCUGAUUACACUGCUAGUCGAAGAGAGAACAACAAGGCUAUUUUCUCACUUGAAGCCCGCGCGGGAGAACAGAUUGAGUCAAAUCGUCUUCAGAGUCUGCAAACAUGCCGGACUUUUUAUCAUAUCCGAUUUAGACCGACUUCAAGUAACCUCUUUCACGAUCGUUUACUUAUUUGUUAGGAAUGGGAACUCGCAUUGAAAUUGUGAACGACUUAAGCUGUAAUUUUGCGAUUUUAUUUUUGCUGGGUAGAAGCUUAAUCGACCCUUCUCCCUUUUCCUAGAGAAUUCUAUACAGCUCAAAAUUUAAGCUUCAUCUUUAACAUGUUCGUCGCCACGGCACCCAUAUUCGGGUGACGGGUGUAUUUCCUGGGGGGGGGCCCGUCACAUCAAAAAGCGUGUGACGCUCUCUAACUUAAGUUUACCGCUCAGCUUCGCCACACGUUUCAAAUAUGGGAGUUCUCCCUCUUUGCUUUCUCUCUCUGAAAAAUUAUUUGGGCCCGGCUAGUAAAACUACCAAAAUGAGCGUGGCGACGAACGUGUUUAGUAGCUUAAGAAAGCUACUUUUAAUUUCUUUCCAGUGGCUGUAUAAAAUGCUAUUCAGCCUCUUAUAGAGGAAAUAAAACCUUUUACGCGCUGGAAAAUCGCAGGACAGAUUACCCUGACAACCAAGUUACAGAUUACUAGAUUGCCAGUCUAUCUAUAUCUCGGUCUAUUUCAUUGAUUUGAUUGUUAACUUUAGUUUUGAUUACCAAAGCUACUUACACUUUGAGAAUUGGACCGCGGUUGUGUUAAGGUUUUGAAUUCGGGCUUAAAAUUCAGAACAUGCAUUCAGACUUUGGAUUGAGACUUUGGAUUCAGUCUUUGGAUUCAGGCUUCGAAUUCAGACUUUGGAUUCAGAAUUUUUGUUCUGAACUUUCAAUUCAGAUCCAGAUUCAGACUUAUGAUUCAAAAUUUGGAUUCAUACUUGAGUUUAAAUUUUGGAUUCAGGCUCUGGAUUCAGACUUUGGUUUCAGACUUUGGAUUCAGACUUUGGAUUCAGAUUUUGGAUUCCAAUUUUCGAUUCAGAUUUUGGAUUCGAACUUUGGAUUCAGAUUUUGGGUUCAGAUUUUGGAUUCAAACUUUGAAUUCAGACUUUGGGUCCAGACUUUAGAUCCAGACUUUGGAUUCAGACUUUGGAUUCAGAUUUUGGAUUCAGAUUUUGAAUUCAGAUUUUGGAUUCAGACUUUCUAUUCAGGUUUUGGAUUCGAACUUUGAACCAAUCCUUUGGACUCAGAUUUUGAAUUCAGACUUUCUAUUAAGAUUUUGGAUUCUGAUCUGUACAGGCUUUGGAUUCAGACUUUAGAUUCAGACUUUAGAUUCGGACUUUGGAUUCAGACUUUGAGUUCAGAUUUUGGAUUCAGACUUUGGGUUCAGAUUUUGGAUUCAGACUUUGGAUUCAGAUUUUGGGUUCAAUCUUUUGAUUAUGACUUUGGAUUCAGACAUUGGAUUCCGAUUUAGGAUACAGUCUUUGUUGGUUUCUGACUUUAGAAUCAAUCUUUGGAUUCAGACAUUGAGUUCAGAUUUUGGAUCGGAUUUCGGAUUCAGACUUUGGAUUCCGAUUUUGGAUUCAGACUUUGGAUUCAGACUUUGGAUUCAGACUUUGGAUUCAGACUUUGGGUUUAAACUUUGGAUGCAGUUUUGUAUUCCAACCUUGGAUUUAGACUUUGGAUUCAGACUUUAGAUUCAGACUUUGGAUUCAGACUUUGGAUUCAGACUUUGGAUUCAGACUUUGGAUUCAGACUAUGGAUUCAGACUUUGGAUUCAGACUUUGGAUUCAGAUUUUGGGUUCAGAUUUUAGAUUCAGACUUUGGAUUCAGACGUUGGAUUCAAACUUUGGAUUCAGACUUUGAAUUCUGACUUUGAAUUCAGACUUUGGAUUCAGACUUUGAGUUCAGAACUUUCGAUUCAGAUAAAGAUUCAGACUUUGGAUUCAAACUUUGGAUUCAGACUUUGAAUUCUGACUUUGGAUUAAGAUUUUUAGUUCCGAAUUUGGAUUCAGACGGUGAAUUCAGAUUUUGGAUUAAGACUUUGGAUUAAUACUUGGAUUUAAACUUUGGGUUCAGAUUCAGGAUUCAAACCUCGGAUUCAGACUUUGGUUUGGAUUCAAACUUUGUAUUCAGACUAUGGAUUCAGAUUUUGGAUUCAGACUUUGGAUUCAGAUUUUGGAUUCAGAUUUUGAAUUCAGACUUUGGAUUCAGACGUUGGAUUCAAACUUUGGAUUCAGACUUUGAAUUCUGACUUUGAAUUCAGACUUUGGAUUCAGACUUUGAGUUCAGAACUUUCGAUUCAGAUAAAGAUUCAGACUUUGGAUUCAAACUUUGGAUUCAGACUUUGAAUUCUGACUUUGGAUUAGGAUUUUUAGUUCCGAAUUUGGAUUCAGACUGUGGAUUCCGAUUUUGGAUUCAGACUUUGGAUUUAGACUUUGGAUUCAGACUUUGGAUUCAGACUUUGGAUUCAGACUUUGGAUUCAGACUUUGGAUUCAGACUUUGGGUUUAAACUUUGGAUGCAGUUUUGGAUUCCAACCUUGGAUUUAGACUUUGGAUUCAGACUUUAGAUUCAGACUUUGGAUUCAGACUUUGAAUUCAGACUUUGGAUUCAGACUUUGGAUUCAGACUUUGGAUUCAGAUUUUGGAUUCAGAUUUUGAAUUCAGACUUUGGAUUCAGACGUUGGAUUCAAACUUUGGAUUCAGACUUUGGAUUCCGAUUUUGGAUUCAGACUUUGGAUUCAGACUUUGAAUUAAGACUUUGGAUUCAGACUUUGGAUUCAGACUUUGGAUUCAGACUUUGGAUUCGGACUUUGGAUUCGGACUUUGGAUUCAGACUUUGAGUUCAGAUUUUGGAUUCAGACUUUUGAUUCAGACUUUGGAUUCAGACUUUGGAUUCAGACUUUGGAUUCAGAUUUUGGAUUAAUACUUUGGAUUCAAACUUCGGAUUCAGAUUCAGGAUUCAAACCUCGGAUUCAGACUUUGGUUUCAGAUUUAGGAUUCUGAGUUUGGAUUCAGACUUUGGAUUCAGACUUUGGAUUCAGACUUUGGAUUCAGAAUUUGAGUUCAGAACUUUCGAUUCAGAUACAGAUUCAGAUUAUGGAUUCAGACUAUGGAUUCAGGCUUUGGAUUCAGAAUUUUUGUUCAGAACUCUCGAUUGAGUUUCAGAUUCAAAUCUUGGAUUCAAAAUUUGGAUACAGACUUUGGAUUCAGACAUUGUAUUAAGCAUUUGGGUUCGAAACUCUUCAGAUCCAGAUCCAGACUAAGGAUCCAAAAUCUGGAUUCAGACAUUGGAUUCAGACUUUGGAUUCAGACUUUGCAUUCUGACUCUGGAUUCUGUCUUUUGAUUCAGACUUUGGAUUCAGACUUUGAAUUCUAACACUGAAUUCAGACUUUGAAUUCAUACUUUGAAUUCAGAUUUGAAUUCCGAAUUUGGGUUCAGCACGUUCGAUUCAGAUCCGGAUUCAGAAUUUAGAUUCAUACAUUGGAUUCAGACUUUGGAUUCGGUUUUUGGAUUCAAAUUUAAGAUUCAAACUUUGGAUAUCCAAGUUUGGAUUCGGGGUUUUGAGCACGAAUUCAAAAAUUGGACGCCGGAUUCAGGUUUCUGUAUUCAGGAUUCGAGUUUCGGAUUUGAUUUGGGAGUUCGAUAUCGGCACGCGGAUUGGGAUUCGAUCUCGUAUUCAACAUUCUGAUUCGAUGUUUUGGUUCGGAUUUCACGGAUUCGGAAUUCGAAAUACAAACACCGGAUGCGAAAAACGAAUUUCGAAUCUGAGUUCAGAAUUUUGUAUUCAAGAUUCGGAUCGAGAAUUCGGGUUUGCAAACGGAUUCUGUUUCGGAUUUUAGAUUCGUAAUUGGGAUUCAGAAUACGAAUUCAGAAUUGAAUUCAAAAUCGUAAUUUGAGCUUAGAAUUUAUGUCCCAAAAUAUGGAUUUCAAAUUCGGAUUCGAGUUCCAGAUUCAGACUUCGUUAAAUUACGUCAAAAUUUCUCUAUAGGAAUUCUGAUUUCGGCCUAGGAAUUCGGAAUUCUUAAAUAUCCAAUGUCUAAAUCUUGUUAAUUUGAAACCGGAACUAGGACACACAAUUCAGAUUUGGAUUUGGAAAUCGGAUUUGGAAAUUCGCCAUUCGGAUAUUGACUACGGAAUUCGGGAGUAGAAUUUGGAUUUCGAAUUCCCAACUCGGAAUUCGCAUUGAUCAUUAGUGAAUUGAUUUUUCGGCUUUCAGUCCCAAGAGUCUUGGGCCAACAGUCGCCCCAAAAAGAGAAUUCGCAUUCGGAAUUUUUAGUUUCUUAUUUCGAACUCGAAUACGAAUUUGAAGUUUGCUACCGGAAUUCUGAUCCGCAACUCUGAUUAGAUUCAGAAUAAGGAUUAAGAUUCAAUAUUUAGACUUGAAUUAAAAAUCAGAACUCAUAUGUAAUUUUUACGAACUUCAGCAAAAUUUAUAAUUUCACAGAAUUUAGAAUAAUUUGAAUUUUGAAUCCAUUACCUACAUAUUUAAGAAACUUUGAACCGGUGAAUAUAGAAAAUAUCAUUUCCAUCUUAAGGCAAACUCAUACAGCAAGUGAAUUCCACCCGAAGGGGUUUUCCGUCAAGAUGAAAACCAAAAUCCAAAAUCCAUUAGAAUUGACCUUUACCGAAAAGGAUAACAUUAUCUGCAUACCUACCUUCUCGUGUUUUGCCGAGGAAAAAUAAAACCUUCCUCCUGCAUUCCCAUCACCAAGGAGAGAGAAUUUGCUCUUAUUCGUGACAGCAGCCGCCUCCUUCUUCUGUCUGUCAAUUCUUUCCUCCCACUAAGCGUUGGUGUAGAUGGGUGUUCCACGUGUUGCUGAAUACAAGUUGUUUUUUUUUGGGGGGGGGG